GAACUCCAGCUGAAGAUCACGAGUUAUGGGGAGCAAGGUGAUGGGACGGCCAGCCAAGAUGCAGAGCAUAACUCUGUAGGAUUGUCGGUGGACAUGAAGAUCGACACGGGAAAUCCCGAUAGGCCAAAUCCCAAUGAACAGGAUCCCGCUGAUCGCGAUCCCUGGCUGGUGGCCAUUUGCAGCAUGCCCACAUACCGCAACGUGAACGAAAUUGUCCUGCAAGCGCAGCAGACUGUAGAUGCUGACAGCAAUGCGUACAUUGCUUGGGACACCUGGUGCGAUGCCCUGGCCCACUUCAACGAGCUCCAAAUCCUGCGAAUCCGUAACUUCGUGCAAUUCUCCGACCUCGCAAACAUCCUAUACGCACUAUCCGAACUCCAUCCCGGGGAAGACAUGAGGACCGAGCCUCCCUGCAUUCUCCCUCGUUUGCGCGUGCUCGACUUGGACAAGUUCGAUUUCUUCCAAGCUCGAGACCGAUCCUGCUUGUUGGACUGUUUGAAACAGCGGCGUGAUGUUUUCGGUGCACCCGUGCAAGAGCUCGUUCUCUCGAGAUGCGAAGGCAUAUCUCGAGAGUUCCUGGUUGAGCUCAUGGGCUGCGUAGACACCAUCUUGAAGACAAUGAGUAGACACAUAGUGAGCAAUUUCUUCCGUACCGCUUGAAUCUUUGCGCUUAUGUGUAAGCAUUGAGCUUUACAGACAAAAGGGGAGAUGAGAAGUCCGUACAACGGUCUGGUAAUCUGCAUCUGUAUUAUUCUUGUGCGCCUGAAUAUGAAUUACCGUGCGCUGUUCCUUUGGAGUAGUGAUUCGAAGCACUGGCUUUCCAUUUCUUUAAUGAAGGUACCUUCAGCGCACUUGAACUCAACCUGUUCGUUUACCUGAGUCGCUGACUUCACAUGUACAGCAUAUCUUCGC